GAUGGUAAAAUUAUUUUAAGUGUUUGGAGAAAUGGGAAAAUUCAACCUUUUACCAUAAUCAGGUACAUUGCUAUCUGUAAUUAAUGAUGCCCAUAUAUAUGGGCGUACAUCAUAAACUUUUACAUCGAAUUGUUAAAGAAUUAUUUCAAGAGAAUCAGAAGAAGAAGUCAGAGUUUGGAAUAUGAAAAUUUCUAAAAUUUUUCUUAUUUUAUAACAAAUUUAAUCUUAGCCAAAUAUUUAUAAAAAUCUCCUGAUAUAAGAUGUACUUAGUUUGUAAAUAAUCAGAUGCACCGAAAUAUGCUAAACAUGAGCUUAUUCAAGGGGUUUUGACUGAAAUAAGUAAAGCAGGUAGGUACGUUUGUAACCUUUUUGGAUUACAGUUUACAACAAUGCUAAAGCUAUCUGAUCUCUUCACUUAGUGAGAUGGAAGAAUAAUAUUCAUCUGGCUUCCCUUUAGAACCCCUAGCUGAUCUCUUUGAUGAAAGCCUACCAAGCAGUACUUUAAUGAUAAUUCUUUGCUUAAGUACGCUAGAUAGUCAAAUUUAUAAAAAUGUUUCUAAGAUGAUAGGAAUUAGAAUAAAGAUUUAGAUGUAAAAAGCUGAAAUGAAACAAUAAAAGGUGGUUGAAAAUGGUUAGCCAAAAAAAAAAUCAAAAAAAAAUUAAAUUAUGCAAAAAUCUCUAAUGAUUAUUCAUUAAAUUUAAGCAGAUAGAAUUAGAUUGAGAAGUUAUGAGUUUUUAGCCAGUUUUUUUAAAAUCGAAUAAAUGAAAAGCCUUUCAUAAAUAAAUUUAUGA